AGCCGUCGCGUCGCUGAUUACGUAACGCCGCGGGGCCGAGGCAGUUCCGCUGGCUAGUGUGUACGCGGCCAGGUACUCCCGGCGCCGCCCGCUCGGCUCCCACAGCGCCCGCGACAGCGGCCAGGACGCCGUCUGAAGAUGGACUCCGCCGGCCAAGAUAUCAACCUGAAUUCUCCUAACAAAGGUCUGCUGUCUGACUCCAUGACGGAUGUCCCUGUCGACACGGGUGUGGCUGCCCGGACUCCUGCUAUUGAGGGUCUGACAGAGGCUGAGGAGGAGGAGCUCAGGGCCGAGCUUACCAAGGUGGAAGAGGAAAUUGUCACUCUGCGCCAGGUCCUGGCAGCCAAGGAGAGGCACUGCGGAGAGCUCAAGAGGAGGCUGGGCCUCUCCACCCUGGGGGGGCUGAAACAGAACCUGUCCAGGAGCUGGCACGAUGUACAGGUCUCUAACGCCUAUGUGAAAACUUCUGAGAAACUUGGAGAGUGGAAUGAGAAAGUGACCCAGUCAGACCUCUACAAGAAGACUCAGGAAACUCUCUCACAGGCCGGACAGAAGACCUCCGCUGCCCUGUCCACAGUGGGCUCUGCCAUCAGCAGGAAGCUUGGAGACAUGAGGGCUCAUCCAUUUUCACACUCCUUUAGCAGCUACUCCAUCCGCCACUCAAUAAGUAUGCCGGCCAUGAGGAACUCUGCAACCUUCAAGUCAUUUGAGGACCGAGUUGGGACCAUAAAGUCUAAGGUUGUGGGUGACCGAGAGAACGGCAGUGACAACCUCCCUUCCUCAGCGGGGAGUGGUGACAAGCCCCUGUCGGAUCCCGCACCUUUCUAAGCCUGUGGUCGCUUCGCCCGCUGCAGAGCACACGCAGCACGCCCUCAGCAUCCCGCCGCGGCUCUGUUCAGCGGAGCAGCCAGCCAGGCGGAUGAGCAGAGCCGGCUUUGAGGACAGUCCUGCCCAUCCACAUGGAGAUGUGGCUGCCGCGUUCGCAUGAAUUUAGAGAACACAGUCUUGUACACAGAUGUUUUACACUCAAGUUUGUAGAUGAAACAGAUCACUGUGCUGUCCUUCCCAGGGGUGCAGGAAGUGGACAGGGUGGAGGAUUUGAAAGAAUAUUGAGCCAAAGCCCAGGCUCCCUUUGGGAAUCAUGUUAGCCCAUCAGAAUGUUGAAGGAUUGAAGAGUUCUAAGCAUCAAAUAAGUGGCAUUUUCUGACUUCCUCCUCCCCCUUCCCUGACUCACAGAAGGAACACAAUCACCCAGCAAGUCCUACCUGUUACACAAUCUUUUAUCUCAAAAUGCCGAACAAGAAAGCUGUCAGUUUUCUGAGACCCCCAGAAAGGAAACCGAUCAUCAGCAGCUGCCUAAUUGUCACGCUAAUCUAGCUUUAACGGAAGCAAAUUCAUUCUUUUUUAAAUGCAGUGGACUUUUCAAAAAGUUUAAAUUAGGCAAAGCAGCUUUAGCCUCAUAGAGAAUAGUAUGUCUUUGGACUCAAGCUGAAAUACAAGCCUUACAUUGCCUUAUGCUUUAUUUCUUUAUAAUUUUUAUGUGUAUAUAGAUGAGAGUUCCUUAAUGGUUGUGAGCACUGUGUGGAAUUUUACACCUGGUCUGCGUGGCAGCCUGUUCCAGUUGGGGUGUUUGAUUUCAUGCACACUCCAUCCCAGUGUACAAAACCUGCUUCUCUUCUCAACCGUGGCAGCUCCCACUGGCUCCCCUGCUCUGCCCCAAAGGGCUCUUGAGCCUCUGGGAAUGGGGGGGCCAAGAGAAGGAAAAGCCUGUCUUUAGCACCCUUUAAAAGAGCUGUGCCCCCGUUCUCAGUGCUGCCUUUGCAUGGGCCUGGCCCGGCUGGCACUCGUCAGUGACUCCAACCCGCCUGCUUGCUGCAUUUGGGAUGAAACGACCCCACAGGUCAGGUGGAGGGUGGGGCAUGGGCAUCGGCCAGGAUUGCUGUUGCCUUUUUCUCAGGAGCUACAAAGAUCUCUUCCUGUUACUAAGUGAUCACACCCCAGCAGCCUCUCUCUCACACCAGGGCCCUGCAUGUCAGAUGGCAUGGUCUGCAGGGGAAGCUCUGUGCCUUAGUGGCUCUUGGCAGGACCUGAGGGCCUGCCUGUGGUGUGCCUGGCUCUGCCACUCCCAGGAGGGGAAGGGCUGCUCAGCUCAAAGUGUCCUGUUCGGUAGAGCAAGUGUCCUCUGACAACUCUGUCCCCAGACAGUUCAGACACCCCUGGGGAUGGCACUCCACACACGACAAAGAUGCAGGGGCCAGGGAACCCCAGUGCUUGGUGCCCUUCGUCCAGGGUUAAAAUUGGCCUGUGGGGUGUGGUGUGAAGGCAGGUUGCGCGGGUGUUAACUGAUGUAUCUUUUCCUUAAGGUUAUUAUAAUAAUGGGUAAUUUGUCAAUAAAGCAUUCCUUUGGGGGAAAGUC